GAAGAACAAGAAGAAGGAGAAGUAGAACAAGGAGAAAGGAGGAGAGUGACACGGAGAGGAAGAAGAAGAAAAGGGGAAAAGAGAAGAAAAGGAAGAAGAUCGCUGCCUUUUCUUUCCAAGCACCGCGCGUUCAGCUCUCUCCAGCACGCGGGCGGAGACCAAGAUGAUCGGACAGCUCGUGUGCCUGCUCGGCUUGCUCAUCAGCAGCAGUGAAGGUGUCCUCCAGGUGUCCAUCUCUCUGAAGAAGGUAGAACUGAGUGUGGGAGAGUCCAAGUUCUUCACCUGUACAGCAAUUGGAGAGCCAGUGAGUCUGGAGUGGUAUAAUCCUCAGGGUGAGCGUAUGGUGCCAUCUUCACGUGUUGCUCUGCACAAUGAAGGCGUGCGCUCCAGGCUCACUCUCUAUAACGCCAACGUUGAGGAUGCCGGCAUCUACCGCUGCCAGGCUACUGACGCACAGGGACAGACACAGGAGGCGACCGUAGUGCUGGAGAUCUACCAGAAGCUAACCUUCAGGGACGUGCCGUCACCUCAGGAGUUUCGUCAGGGUGAUGUGGCUGAAGUGGUGUGUGAUGUCACCAGCUCUCCAGUGCCAGUGGUUGCGUGGUACUACAACAACAUGGAGAUCACUGAAGACACAGAGAAGUUCCAGCUCCUGCCUAACAACAACCUGCAGGUCCAGCGAGUUACUAAAGCAGACGAGGGUGUGUACCGCUGUGAGGCCAGAGUGGAAGCCAGGGGUGAGAUUGACUUCAGGGACAUCAUCCUGGUAGUCAAUGUUCCACCAGUGUUGUCUGUGCCUCAGCAGUCCUUCAAUGCAACAGCAGAUUACGGCGAAUCUGUGACGUUUACUUGCAGAGCUUAUGGCUCUCCUGAACCGGAUGUUACCUGGCACAGGAAGGGAGUGGAGCUCCAGGAGUCAGAACAGUACAUAAUGAGGGCACGAGGUACCACUCUUACCAUCCGGAACAUUAAACAAGACGAUGGCGGCUCCUACACCUGCAAAGCCUCUAACAAGGCAGGCGAAAUGCAGCAGGAGAUCUUUCUGAAAGUAUUUGUCCAGCCCCACAUCACUAAGCUGAGGAACGUGACAGCAGUGGAAGGCAGUGCUGCUAUGAUCUCCUGUAAGGCUGAGGGUGAACCACUUCCUGAGAUUUCCUGGAGGAGAGCCAGUGAUGGACACAGCUUUUCAGAUGGAGACAAGAGUCCAGACGGGCGUGUGGAGGUGCGUGGGCGUCAUGGUGAGUCCAUGCUGACCAUCGUGGGCGUGGGGCUGUCUGAUUGGGGCCGUUUUGACUGUGAGGCUCUCAGCAGGAUUGGAGGACAUCAGAAGAGCAUGUUCCUGGAUAUUGAGUAUGCACCUAAGUUCCAGACCAAUCACACUAUCUUUUUCUCAUGGGAGGGAAAUCCGGUCAACAUCAGCUGUGACGUCAUGUCCAACCCACCGGCUACCAUGCUGUGGAGACGGGAGAAGCUGACCAUUCCCACAGAAGGCACGGCCAACAUGCGCGUGCAUAACGCCCCCGGCAGGUCCCUACUGGAGGUCACUCCCACGUCAGACCGGGAUUUUGGCCGCUACAACUGUACAGCCAGGAAUAACAUUGGCAUGCGCUUCCAAGAGUUCAUCUUGGCUCAGGCAGACGUUCCCUCAAAUCCCUACUCUGUGCGCCUCAGCUCUGUGGCCCAGCGCACAGCUACAGUUACCUUCAUGAAGCCAGACUCCCAUGGUGGCGUUCCCAUUGACCAUUACCUGGUCAGAUACAAAGACAUCAGUUCACACGACUGGAGGGACGUCAAAUCACAUGGAACACAGACGGUAGUGCUGCUCACUAACCUUGAGCCCAACACUACUUACGAGGUACGAGUGGCAGCCGUGAAUGGAAAAGGCCAAGGCGAGUUCAGCCGCACAGAGAGCUUUCAGACGCUGCCCAUCCGAGAGCCAAGUCCUCCUUCAGUGCAAGGCCAGCGAGGAGUGGGGAAGGCCUACAGGCUUGGCUUGGUCAAACAGGAUGAUGGAGGAAUGCCAAUCCUGGAGUACAUCGUAAAAUACAAAACAGAUAAAGAGGAACAGUGGAUGACUAAGCUGGUUCCUGGCAUGAAUGACUUUGUGCUGCUGCAGCCUCUCCAGUGGAACACACAGUAUGAAGUGGAGAUCACCGCCCGCAAUGUCAAAGGCCUGUCUGAGCCCACCUUUGUCAAAUUCUCCAUGCCACAGAAACCAGAUAUCACAGCAGACUCCCUGUUCAGCGAGCUGGGUUUGGGGGCAGUGGUGGGCCUGGGCCUGGCUGGCCUGCUGCUGCUGCUGGUGCUGGUGGACGUCAGCUGCUUCUUCUUGCGCCAGUGCGGCCUGCUGAUGUGCAUCACCCGCAAGCUCUGCAGCAAGAAGACCGCCACCAGUGGCAAGAGCAAAGAGCUGGAGGAGGGCAAGGCUGCAUACCUGAAACUGCCACUGAAAGAGGAGAAUGGCAAAGAGUCGCUCAAACCGGACACGAUUGAGAUCAAAGUUCACGGUGACAACAGCCUACACACGACGCAGGAGGACAGCAAAGCAUAAUGAAGGCGCUGCCGUGCACUGAAGGGAACACGCGCUGCGAGCUACCCCGACCAAAACCAAGCAAGCUAAUGAGAAUACAAACACGAACACGGCCAAUGCAGAAGUCCCUUGUUAGAGAACAAUUGCCAGGGGUAUCUGAAGAGAAACUGUGUACAUAAGGAGAAAAAAAAG